AUGAACCGACCAGUUCCUCAGGACACUUACCUACUUCUUGAACGGUUUUCCAUGCCGCACGGGAACUCGACGGCGGACGCUGUCUCGCUUUCCCGCGGCAAUGGCUUGAUCUUGAUCUCACUGUACACCCUUAUGAUCGGGGUUACCAUCAGGCAGUUCUGGACGCUGAUCGUACUCAUUGGCGUCACCAUCUUCAUGCGAAAGAAGCACUCACACAACCGCGGCGCGGCUACCGUCGGGGUGUGGAAUGCCCAGGCGUCACCAUCCAAUGUCGCCAUGCUGGCCGCCCGUUACGUGCUGCACAUGAAGGGUGAAGUGUGGUAUCCGCUCAUGUGGACGCUGCUCGCCACCGUGGUUGUGGGUGCCAUCUCGGCCGCCUCAAUUCUCCUACCACGUCUGGUCAACAUCGGCACCGUCGCGCCCGUCAAUCCCCGCGCAGUCUUCGUCCCUCUUCGCGAUGGAUCGAACCAAACUGCCACAGCGUUAACCUACGCACUGGAGGGCCCGUCCGCGCUGCGAGCGGUCGGUGCGGCAGACACUAUUGGGAGUGAGGCUAGUGUGGUCGUGGAGCAGGAGGAAGAGGUUGGUGGCUCUGGUCAGGACCCAGGUAUCCGCAUCAACUAUCGCUACGGCGUCACCGCUUCGGAUUUUGGUCUUCAACACGCCCCCGGCCUGGUUAUGAACGUGACAGGCUCAUGUGUCACCGAAUACUCGUGGUUGCAGGAAACCUUCUACGAGAGAACGGGCGAAAACAACAGUGAGAUAGCGCUGGUGGAAGACACCUAUGUACCGUGGAAUAACAUUGCAGCGCAGAGACGGGUGUCGAACCUUGAUAAUGGCCCGCCAUUUGCCUAUUUCGUCUCCAACCCAGCCACACAAGGCGAAGGACUCGGAAACACCACCUUCGCCAUCGUACCGUCCUCGCUCUGGCGAGACAGCUUCACAGCCUCCACGGAUCCGUGGUACCUAACCCGCAACAGCUCGGAAUUUUAUGCCGUGAAUGAAAACCCCUUCAUUGUGGUGCCAGGGCGACCCGCCCUCUCCUGUUGGGAAACAGCCAUCUGGUCUUAUGGCGAUUCUAGCGUCGAUCUGGCCCAACUGCAUCAAGUCCCGGGCCUGCACCUACCUGAUGUCUUGAUCAAUAUCUUUGACGCGUUCCUGAUCAGGCCUAUGAUGCCCGAGAUGGGGAUCCGCCUUGGCCGCUCCUCACUCGCAUCGGCAACAGCUGCGUUAGGCGCGACCUUCAAUGCCGGUGGAUCCAGUAUCCAGAACGAUAUCACGCGCCUGGUAAACGCCUCCUACAUCGCAACGCGGAACGUAUUGGCUGACACCACGCUCUUCUCCAAUCCAAUUGGCUCAGGCAUCAUCAAUAUCGCCCGACAAACAAACGGCGAACCCCAAGAGGGUGUGGGCGACUUCGUCGUCUCCAGCCCGGAUAUCAUGACACUUUCGGUUCGCGCGCUCAUUAUCGUGCCUGUCGUGUUGCUUGGCGUCUUCCUCCUUACCUAUCUUAUUGGCAUCCUGCCGGCGCCUUGGCGUAUGACGGAAGCUCUACACGCUACAGUGCUUUAUAGCCACCUGCACGAGAAGGCUGGGGAUGGGGCCCAGGCAGAAUGGAAACGCCAGUCUCUCGCUGCGUAUAGCAGGCGGACCGGUGACGCUCCAAUCAGCCCUCUGUACGACGAAAAUAAUGGCGAAUUACUCUGGGCUCAGAACGAGAGGCAAACUCAGGCUGCCGCUGUACCUGCUUCAGAGGUCGACUCUGGGAAGUCCUCGUCGGCGGUACUAGGAACAACCGAGAAGAGCGGCGGCGGAACCAAGACGCUUGGGGGCCUCGCAGGCACCACAGUUGCCGGCGCAGUCGCUUGA